AUGGAAGACGCUUAUCGUUAUAAGGAAGACGCUUAUCGUUAUAAAGAAGACGCUUAUCGUUAUAAGGAAGACGCUUAUCGUUAUAAGGAAGACGCUUAUCGUUAUAAAGAAGACGCUUAUCGUUAUAAGGAAGUCGCUUAUCGUUAUAAGGAAGACGCUUAUCGUUAUAAGGAAGACGCUUAUCGUUAUAAGGAAGACGCUUAUCGUUAUAAAGAAGACGCUUAUCGUUAUAAGGAAGACGCUUAUCGUUAUAAGGAAGACGCUUAUCGUUAUAAGGAAGACGCUUAUCGUUAUAAGGAAGACGCUUAUCGUUAUAAGGAAGACGCUUAUCGUUAUAAGGAAGACGCUGCUACCCAUCUCCUGGUCUUAAAGUUCACUGUUGAAAAUGAUCCUUCCCCACUGUACGGCCAUUUCGACUUUUUUAUUAUCAAUCACAAAUCCAUUUCAUAG